ACUCAUCCUCCAUAGCUUAGCUCAGCUACCACCAAUGCCUUAGACACUCUUGAUCUUGAACAACCAUAGCAAGCAAUGGUCUACUCCAAAACCAUAGCUUGCAUGUUCACCAUGCUGCUCCUUGCUCCGGCCAUCAUGGCCACGGACCCUGACCCUCUCCAGGACUUCUGUGUGGCCGACCUCGACGACAACGCAGUCCGGGUGAACGGAUACCCGUGCGUGCCCCAGUCGGAAGCCGGCGACGACUUCCUCUUCUCCUCCAAGCUAGCCAGGGGCGGCAACACGUCCACCCCGAACGGCUCGGCUGUGACGAGGCUGGACGUGACGGAGUUCCCCGGCGAGAACACGCAGGGUAUCUCCAUGAACCGCGUGGACUUCGCGCCCGGGGGCACCAACCCGCCGCACAUCCACCCGCGCGCCACCGAGAUCGGCCUCGUGGUGAAAGGCGAGCUCCUCGUGGGCAUCAUCGGCAGCAACGAGUCCGGGAACAGGCUCUACUCCAGGGUGGUGCGCGCCGGCGAGAACUUCCUCAUCCCGCGCGGCCUCAUGCACUUCCAGUUCAACACCGGCGACACUGUGGCCACCAUGUUUGUCUCCUUCAACAGCCAGAACCCCGGCAUCGUCUUCGUGCCGCUCACGCUCUUCGGCUCCGACCCGCCCAUCCCCACGCCAGUGCUCACUAGGGCUCUCCGGGUGGACGCCGGGGUGGUCGAACUUCUCAAGUCCAGGUUCGCCGGUGGGUCUUUCCAGGCCUCCUAAGAGCCUGCCCAAGAUGAUCAAUACAUAAUCCGAUCUGCAUGCUACGCUAGCGAAAUUUAAUACUAGUUCACAGCACGAGACUUGUAUAUAAGCUUCUGGUUAAGCUCGCAUGCAUGCAGUUGUAAUACGAUUGAAUAAGUUAGCCUCGCAGUUCUGGCCGUCAAAACCGACACGAGGAAUUGAAAUGUAUUACUUUCUAUUGCCAUAUUUCCUCUAUAUAUUGAACGCUAUAUACAAAUAUUAGUUCUUA